UCCAUUUCUCAUCACAUUGCCAUUGCCGUUGCGUUUCUGGUUUCUCAUUUCUGAUAACAGAGUUCCAAGUACACGCAAUGUACACCACACAUUUUUCUGAUCGAUUUCGUACGUACUUCCCAAUUAAUUUUUCUGGUUGGCAAUAAGCGAAUGAAGCAUAUAUCUGCUCUCCAUAGCAGCGCAUUGAGGACUGUGUCAUCCCAACUAAUGAAUCAAACGACAAUGAGUGCCCCUAAUUUGGAGAAGCAGAGGAAGAUGCAACAGCUGGUCAAUAAUCAGCCAAUGGAUGCAUGGGACAAAUGCUGGGUGGAAGGAGCGACGCCCUGGGAUAUCGGACAUGCUACGCCAGUUCUCUUACACCUGAUAGAAAAAGGUCUUCUCCCUUGUGGCAGGACUUUGGUUCCUGGAUGUGGUUCAGGGUAUGAUGUUGUGGCUCUUGCUAACAACAAUCGACAUGUGGUAGGUGUUGACAUCUCUGAAACUGCAAUUAAACGAGCACGGGAGCUGGCCGUGAGUGCUCCAAAUGCUGAGAAUUUCGAAUUUCUAAAGGAAGAUUUUUUUACAUGGGCUCCAACAGAGCAGUUUGAUUUUAUCUUUGAUUACACGUUUUUCUGUGCUUUUGGGCCUCAGAUGAGACCUGCCUGGGCAAAGCGUGUAGCUGAACUAUUAAAAUCUGAUGGAGAGCUUUUGACACUAAUAUUUCCAGUAAGCGAUCAUGAGGGAGGCCCACCUUAUGCAGUUUCUGUUCUCCAGUACGAAAAGGUUUUACAUCCAUUUGGUUUCCAGGCAAUCUCAAUUGAAAACAAUGAAAUGGCCACUGGAAUGCGCAAGUCACAGACAAGGAGCUAUGUUUUCAAGGAAAUUGAAUCCAGGAUACAUGCAUGCAAAGGUUAGCCAUCGAUGGAGAUAUGCAGGCAGAGAAAUUGUAGCAAGAUGGAAAAGGGAGGACAGUCAUCUGUCAUUUUUGUAAAACCAAGUUCAAAAUAGACGAUGCAGGGAAGUUAUCUUUUACCCUCUCGACCUUCUGAUGAAUAAAAGUUGUCUUUAAUAUUGACCAAUUGUUUGGUCACUCUACAGCAAUGGAACACUCUUGUGCAUUUAUUCAGUGCAUGUGGAAAAUUCGUCUUGCUUUUUUUGGGGGAAAACUCAGGCUGGACUCAAUCAAAAGAAUUUGGUACACGUACUUUCAGCACAUUUACAUAUCUUAGGAGUUUUGGUUGUAGUGAAUUACGUUUUAUACACGUUGAUCCUCAAUGGUAAUUUUAAUUUUUUUUAAAUUCUGAUUUAUUAUUUGUAAAAUUAAUAAAAAUUAUUUUUGAAUGAUUUAAUUUAAUUGAUUAUGAUUUUUUUAUAAUUAUAAUUAAUUUUUAAAUUA